ACACACACACACACACACACACACACACACACACACACACUGAGAGCAAGCAUUCAGGAAGCAGCUCCGCACUUUUCCUGCAGCAGGGACAUUUCGGACAUUUUGGAGUUUCUGCUUUGACGCUGCCAUCAUGGUAACCACGGAAACCCACCAGUGUCAGGACCUGCUGGUCCCCUCUCAGGACCAGGACCAGGACCAGGUAGACCCCGAGAACCAGCAGGAGGACCCGGCCUCGCCCUCUUCUCUCAUGGCGGGACUGGACCCGGAGAAGAUGAGUCAGGGUCCCGUCAACGCCAUCACAGUCCUCACGCUGCUGGAUAAGCUGGUCAACAUGCUGGAUGCCGUGCAGGAGAACCAGCACAAGAUGGAGGUGCACCAGGUGGAGAUGGAGGGCGUGGUCAAGGGGAUCCAGGCUGACAUGACCAAACUGUCCAAAAGUCAAAGUUUCACCUCGAACACAGUCAGCAAACUGCUGGACAAAAGCCGCAAGCUGUCCGUCACUAUGAAAGAGAUUCGUGAUAAGAUGGAGCGUCAGGGCAUGCAGGUGAAGAAGCUGGAGGCCAACCACGCCCACCUGAUCAACAGGAACAACUUCAAAGUCCUCAUCUUCCAGGAGGAGAACGAGAUCCCCUCCAGUGUUUUUGUGAAGGAUCCUCCUCCAUACCCUCGGGAUGAGAUUUUGGAGGAAGGUGAGGAAGUGGAGCCGGGCAGCGUGGAUGGCAACCGUUCCCAGGAGGGCGGGCUCCAGACUAUCGACCUAUCAUCUGAUGAGGAUGUUGGGCUGGAGGCAGAGGUAGAAGACGAGGAGGCGUGGCCUCAAGAUUUGGAGAACAUGGAGAAGUCUAGAGCUGAGAAACUGAAACGAUCCAGCCUGAAGAAGGUGGACAGCCUAAAGAAGGCGUUCUCCAGGCAGAACAUCGAGAAGAAGAUGACGAGGAUCGGAACGAAGAUCGUUUCUGCCGAACAACGAGAGAAGAUCAAGCAAAAGACUGCCAGCCUGAAGGUUUCACCUUUGAGCUUCCACAUGAGGAAGCCUCGCAGCAACUCUGAAUCUCAGCUUCCAGAGGCCUCUGCUCCAACUGGGGAGACACUUACUACUGAGGCUAACAUCCAGUUCUCCCCACUGGGCAGCACUGAGCAGGAGGUCUCCUUCACAGAAGUUCAUGCCCAGCUGGCCCCAACCGAGCAGCAGCAGGAGGAGGAAGUGAAAGAGGAGGAGAAGGAAAAGGAGAAAGAAGAGGAGAAGGAAGAGGAGACAGAGGUGGUGAAAGAGCAGCAGACGUCAGUUGUGGUGGAGGCUGAUGUGUCGGUGGUUUCGGAGGGAGUUGGAGAGGAGUAUGCUCUAUCCUCCACCCUCCCUAAGGAGGAGAAAGGAGAGGAGGAGAAGGUGGAUGAAUCCUAAACACUCCUCUGGUAAUGGAGUUUCAUUAGUGACAAAACAAACCUGAGCUACAAUCAAUCAGAAAGUCCUCAUCUUCUUAAAUUAACAUUUCAGUGUGCCUGGGUUCUUUUUAGGCUUUCCUUCCACAGAGGUUCUUCCUAGGUUCUCCUUCAAUUCCCCAGUUAAUUCCUUAAAGAUUCCCAAAGGUCAUAUUAAGAACCCCAGGCAUCCUCCAACAUUUCCAAAGUUCACUCAAUAAAAGGCUUGCUGAAGUUCCUCUACGAGCCCUCCGGGGCGUCUCCAUGUUCCUGGUCUUUAUGCUAAGCUAGUCUAAGUAGCUGUUUGCUGUAGUUUCAUAUUUACAGACCCAAAAAUGUUGAAAUGUUCCUUUAAAGUUCGGAGCUCAGGUUUGUUUUAUAUAUAUUUCUGAGUAUUGAUAAACCCCCACAAACAGUCCAGUCCAGUGUUACAUGUGAUCCUGUAAACCAUGUAUAUGUUACACUCCUUAGUGUUUUAGGUUGAAGUAUGCAUGACGUCAAGAACUUUAGUUCCUCCACUGAUCUGAAACCUAAAGCUAGAACCUGGAGAUAUGGGGUUUCUCCAGGAACAGGAUGAUUUUUACGUUCCUUCUUUUAUUGCUGAUAUGCGUUCUUUUUAAGCAGCUGACUGAUGUAACUGUGAUGAUCGGCCUGAUCCGAAACAUAAAACAUUCACCCAGUUGAACCCAGUGAUGUUCUAAACCCUCACCUGUCAAUCAUCCAGAUCUCAGGGAACACAAGGUUAACAUGGUGCUAAACAGACCCCUAGAAGGUUUACAAAAUGUUCUACAAGCAUUCACCUAGUCUGAUCCUUCAGGUUAUUAGAACAUUAUACCAGUGUUCCACUAAGGUUCCCAGGAGAUCCCUAGAUAUUGUUAACCUGGCAGUACCCUAAUGACCCCUUGAGGAUCCCCAAAGCAUUCUGUCAAGGUUCAACUGACAUUCCCAGCAUGAUCUCCAGGGUUUCUGUAGUAUUCCGGUAACAAUCCCAAUUCUAACCACGUGUUGUCUAAAAUGUUCUUCUGGUCUUUACGUUGAGUUGUUAUUUGGUUAAACUGGUUGGUUUUGAUUCUCUUAGACUCUUUUUGUCCCAAAAGAUUCAGUCUGGUUCUCCAGAAAAUUCUCAUCUUUGACUGCUCUGAUGUUCCACUAAGUUUUUUUAAAGGUUUCCAAAGAUCAACUGUUGGUUACACUGAAGCUUUUCUACAAGAUUUUUACAUUUGGAACUUGCUUCACUUAAAGUUAAACAUUCCCCAGUGUCUUCUUAAGCUCUCCCAAAGAUAUUCCAAAUAUUCCCUGAAAGGUUCCCCUGACAUUACUCUACAUUCCACUGAUAUGUUCUCCUAAAGUUCCCCUGUUGUUUUCUUUAUAUUCUGCUGAGGUUCUCCUGACGUUCCUGCCUGUUUCAGUUGCUGUGUUAAUUUACUAAACAUGAAUUUUUAUCUAAUGUUUUCUUAUUCGAUCAAUAUUUUUUGUCCUCUCUGAGGGACUCAGCUUUUCAAUAACCUGCCAUUUCCUGCUUAUUAACCAUACAGAAGUAUUUGUGACCAGAGUGUUAACCUCCUCAGCAGACCUAAUCAGACUUAUUGAUCAGUUUGUUGCUUUCAGGUGUAGCAUUUCUGUUUUGCUUGUUUUUAUUUUACCACAAACUUUGUGCUGCCAAAGAACUGAUUUCCUUUUUCAAUCAAUUAUCUAAUCCUCCAUAUAAUCAAUAAAACCUGUGAAACCACACAA